CCAUUACAUUACACAUAAGUCAUUGGGCGAAGGCGUCUUCUGUAUAGUGGUAUUGAUAAGAUCCCUGACUCUUGUUUUGAACAUUAACACGCGUUGCUUGCAGGACAGUUUGGAAACAAGGACCUUAUUUUUCAUAUCAGCAAGCAAUACGUUUGGAAGACAGACGGACCACCUCUGCUAAUUAGCAAUCUAUCGUGCUAUGAACGCCUGUGUAUGUAAUGGAAAAAGGCCACCAGAAACGUGUUGUCACUGAAAAAAUACUGUCGGCUGCAACUGUGAUAAAGCAGGUGUGAUGCAUGUGCCACUGCGCUGGGUGCUGUGGGAUGUGAAAGACACUCUGCUGAAGGUGCGCAGGUCUGUCGGGGAGCAGUACUGCCAGGAGGUCCAGCGAACAGCAGGUUUCAGUCUUAACCCUACAGAGGUGGAGGCUGCCUUCCGCCAGUCCUUCCACCAGUACUCCAAACUCUUCCCCAACUACGGUACAGCCCAGGGCCUGGGGGGGAAGGCCUGGUGGAUGGGAGUGGUUCGGGACACCUUCGCCCAGUGUAGAGUACAGGACGCAGCCCUACUAGACACACUAUCCCACAACUUGUAUCAUGGCUUCUGCAGCCCUAAUAACUGGGAGGUAUUUCCAGACUCUGUGAAGACCCUGGAGAGCAUAUCCUCCCUGGGACUGAAGCAGGGUGUGGUGUCCAACUUUGACAAUCGCCUGGAGGGGAUUCUACGAGGCUGUGGCCUGCUGUCUCACUUCAGCUUCCUGCUCACCUCAGAGGAGGCCGGUAUAGCCAAGCCUAACCCAGCCAUCUUCCACCGAGCACUAGAGAAAUGUGGCGUAACAGCCACGAGUGUAGCUCACAUUGGGGACCAUUAUGUCUAUGACUAUAUGACCUCUCGGUCACUGGGCCUCCAUGGGUACUUGCUAGACAGACAGGGCAGGAAUAAAUACCCUGAUGUUCCCCCACAGCAUCGACUAAAGACCCUGGAGGAGCUACCUGCACGUCUCCAGCAACAUAUGGACUAAAUGUUAUCUAUUUACACAAGUAAACUCAAGCCAGGACUCAAACAAACCGCACUGUUCCAACAUUUCACUGCACUUGACAUUAAAGUAUAAAAACUAUAUAUAAAAGCCUUAAUCUAUGGCAGUGAAACUAGCCCCAAAACUUAACAUAUGCAAUGACCACUUUUAGAUUAUCUAAAUAUGUACGUAUAAUUUAUCUAAUGUUUUCAUAACUAACUUCACCAAUAUAUAUAUUUAUAUCACGUUGUGACACCCUCCAAUUAAUGUAUUAUGUUCAAUAAAUAAAAAUGCCUGUUCUACAGCCAGUGCAACAUUC